GCAAUCGACCGGUCGGGGGAACGGGCAUCCAUUGGAAGUCCGUGAACGUCAACAGGUCGAGCUCUUCAAGUCUUGACCAUGACGUCGAAUCCCCAACGAUAGAUGGCAGCGAAGCUGCCGAAUCGGUUGUCGAUGGUGGUGAAACCGUGCAUGCGGUGGAUUGUUACACGUGGAGUGGUUGGCCCAACGGUGGGACCGAGUGGACAGCGUAAUCCUCUUCACAGCGCACUGCUGUUGCCACGUGGCACUUCGUUUAAUAAUGAACUCCAACGAAAUAGGGAGGAGGAGGAGGAGAAAGGAGGAGGAGGAGGAGGUGGAGGAGGAGGAGAGAAGAAGACGAAGGGAGGAGGAGGAGGAGGAGGAGGAGGAGGAGAGAAGAAGUCGAAAGGAGGUGGAGGAGGAGGACGAGGAGGACAAGGACGGGAGAAGAAGAUGAAAGGAGGAGGAGGAGGAGGAGGAGGAGGAGGAGGAGGAGGAGGAGAAGAGGAAGAGGAGGAAAGGAGGAGGAGAAGAAGAAGAAGAAGACGAAAGGAGGUGGAGGCGGAGGAGAGGAAGAAAAAGAAGAAGAAGAGGAAGGAAGGAGGUGGAGGCGGAUACACCACGACGGGACAGGACCUUGACGGGCGUCGACGAUGGGGAGGGCUGCUCGACGGGGCAGGUCAACGGGGAGUGAUGACGCGCGGGCUUCAAGACGGCAGCAACGACGACAACGACCGACGACGGGGCACCUCGAUGACGACGACGGGGCACAGCUCGAUGGCGACGAUGGGGCAGCUCUACGAGGAGCGACGACUGGCGAGCUUGGAGACGGCAGCAAUGGUGGGCUUCGGAAAUGCAGCGAUGCAGCGAAGCGGGGAAUACUGCGUUCGAAUUCGAAAGCGGCGUCGUAGGUAACCAGGGGGCGAAUCAAGGCUACGGUGGCAG